GGAACACCUCAGAAGACUAUUUAAGAAUCCUACGGAAUCUCAUGACCAAGAGAGCGGCUGCGUACAUGAGAGUGUCCGCCAUAAGCAACAGUUCAAAACUGAAACUGGCCCGGAAGGGUGUUUGUAAGGACAUCCAGUGCAAGAGCGAAGAGCUGGUGAUAAAUGAACCAGGCCUCUACUUGAUCUAUUGCCACUUGAACUUUCGUUUCUCCUACUGCUCAAAAAAUCCCACCGACCUCAAGAUAGAGAUCCUUGUGAACGACCGAGUCAGCAGGCAAACGUUAUCCACAUGGUGUGCAUCAGAAACCUGCCAGGAAAAGACUUUCAAGACCUUGUUCCAGCUCCAUUUGACAUACCUGAACGUGAUGGACCGAGUAUCAGUAACACUCAAUCAUCCUAAUUUCUUGAAUGAAAAAUCUCUUCCCAAUGAAAACGUUCUCGGGGUCUUGAGGUAUGAUGAAAUGCCAGCAGCUCUCUGA